AAAAGGCACGCUGUGACGAUGGUAGCACCCCUGCCCCCAUAUCCGCCAGCCGCUGUUCAGAAAGCGCUCUCCCCGGCGCAGCUUUCAACAAUCCGACACAAUAUCCUCGCCGCAGUGUCGGCCACCACCGCUCUCCCCGCCUCCAAACGCGACACCCCAGCCACACGCACUUUCAUUGAAACCUACGCAAAAGAACAGGCGCGUGCCGCCCUCGAUGGGCUUAUAUGGGAGGCUCCGAUCUCUUCUGACGACCGGCUGAUUCGUAAGCGUGUUUUGGCGCUGGCUGCAACCCUCCCGGAGAGUCUUGACCUGCGAACGCUCAUCGACCUGGCCAUCAUAUACUCACGUUCCAAUCGUACAGCCAUGUGCGAUAUACUUGAUCGAGGGCUUAGAAAGAUUUCGCUGAGUGUGGAGAGCGAGCUGUUGCCUGCGCUCACUUCGUUGCUGGUGGUGUCCGAGGGCCUUUACGUGCUGCGCAAGACAGCCUAUUGUGUGGAGGCUUUCCUGCGGGUGUGCCCAAAGGAUGUGCUCCGAUUCUUUCGACGAUCGAAAGAGUUCGUGGUCUCGCUGGCUACUGCAUAUGAUGCAGGAUUGUCCUCCCUUGCCCAUUCGUAUGGAGGACUUGAUAUGUCAGAUACAAGGGAGAUGGACGAGUGGGAGCGCAUCUGGAUUGCGACCAAGGUCUCGCUCGUGGACGCUUUCCACAUCAUUCUUCGAUCUCAACUCGACGACAUGGCUGCAUCCGAGGGUGCUGUUCUCGCCCUAGAAGCGGAUCGAACCUUCAACAUCAUAUUCGCAUUGCUCGAGCUUCCAUCUGGCUCUCAGUCUCAGUCAACGACACCGUUUCUCGAUCAGUCCUUGUUGGCCGACUACCAGCAGACUUACAAUCUAUCCAAGACGCUUGCCGCAGCAUUGCGGAACGCAGCAGAAAAAGACGUUAGGCUGGAUCUGCUGGAGUCUACGUUGCAGUCAUAUGGCGAUCCGGGACAGGGCAAUGCCGGUGCUCUGAAGCUUAUCUUGCGCUCAUCUGGUGUUCCUCCUGGUGUCGACAAUCUCGGUAAAAGUCGCUCCGAAGGGAAAGGGAAAGGGAAAGCACCAGCACCAGCACCUGUGCUCCCCGAGGAAGAUCCGCAGCUGCAGAGGAACAUCGCGCAGGUUUUGGACAUUUUGCCCGAACAAUCUCCCGACUAUGUGCGAGCUCUCUUGCUCCACUCUUCCUACUCCGAGCCCGAGAAAGUCAUCGACGCUUUGUUUGAGGGCACGGCACCACCGAUGGACCAGCUUACACGCCGUGAAGAUGACGAUUUGGCAACCUAUGUUCGCAGCAACGUUUUUGACGAAGAAGAAAUGGAUGCCGAUCGUUUGCGCGUCGGAAAGAAAACUGAAGAUGAGACUAAUGUCUUGCGCGACCGCUCUUUUAUCGACCGGAUGAAAGCCGAAAUCCUCCGGCGUGCAGAGGAAAUAUCCGACGAGGAAGACGAAGACGAAGAACCAGCGACGCAAGUUGCCAAGGGCAAAAAGAAAGAAGUAGACGACGGUGAAGAGCUCGAUUCCCAUUCUGCGCAGGUCAAAGUCGGAGGAGACGGCGAAGAGAGUGGCGAUGAGGACGACGCACAAGACAGCGACGACGAACGUCCGACCGAAAAACUCGCGCCAGAAACGGUCUGCGAACUGGCGUACAUCCGCGAUCCCAAGCUUUUCGAUCGCGACGCUGCCACUCGCCGGAGCAAGGCACGCGCGGAUCUACAGAAACAGACGGGCUGGUCUCAUGAGCAGCUCGAGGGCUGGAGGACCAUGCUCGAACGGGAUCCGAAGAAAGAUAAGAUCCUCGCUAAACAUGAGUUUGCGGGCAAUCAAAAUCGCAUUCCAGAGGCGAUGCUGCAGCCACAAUCCUCCAGAAACUCACAUUCCGGCGGUAGAGGUCGAGGUCGAGGUGCUCCAGGUCGAGGCUCGGCGCCAAAUGCUGAUGGGUCAGCACGGGAACGGGCUUGGAAAGAUAAGAACAAGGCAUCCCGUGGAAAUCACAACCGGAAGCGAGGCCAUGAUAAGAAAAUGGCAAGGGCUGGACCAGCAUUAUGAAUGCCCUCCCGACAUUAGAAUUAACUGAUCCACAUUCAAGGAAUAAUCUAGCGACAAUGACUAGUGUAUCCUGCCCUACCAUGUUGGCCACGCCACGUGCAAAGGCACGUGAUCGCGUAUAUGAUCUCUUUCCAUCUCCGAUCGUCCAGUCUUACCAAUCUCCGUCUUCUUGCG